UUUGCCCGCAAGCAUUCUAUUCACACUUCUCGCUAUUGCAAACUUAUUCUACCAUUAUCUAAUUGACCCCCCUCAACCUAUUUUCUCCAAGUGAGUAUUACAACAGCAGAGUACAUUUGAGUGGGUGGGUUUACCAGUGACAUCACUAAUUUGAAGAUUGAUAGGUUUAGCAGUCUUGGUGACCAGUGACAGGUAUUAAGUAUAUUUUGGGUUCAUGCUCUGAAUUUUACAUAUUCAGUCAUGUUUUGGAGUCACAUCACAAUUCUGUCUCAUAAAUUGUGAGUUAUAGUGGUUUCUUUGCUGUCUUAAGCCACUUAAGUGCAAAACUGUAAAUGACUUGGAUCAGAUGUUGAUGUCAGGGGAUGGUAUGUGAGCAUGAUGUAAGGCUCCAAUUUUUUAUUUACUGUUUGAGGGAGCCUGCAAAUUGAAUGGAAAUGGUUCACAAACAGUUUAAAUGGUUUGUAGGUACACACACCUUUUCUUUUGCCUUUGGGAGCAGUUUUCCGUGGCCACAAUGUGUAUGCAUCUGUCAGGGGACACUGUCUCUCUGCCGACCCGUGCCUGCUCACCUGUUGAUCACCUGGCCUCCUCCCCCUCCUCCAAUCCCCAUCUCCAUCCAUGCCAACGUCUGCCCUCUUCCUCCUUCUCCUGGCCAUCUCCUUCGAAUCCCUGCAAGCGGUCUAGCCAAGCCCAAUUCCUUGUACCAGGGAGUGCUACUGCCAUACACACUCCUCCCCUUUCACUUUGGCCUUCUCCCCGCGGAUGUGGUCUACUGCCAUACAGGCUCGUACCAGAUGCCCUUGCGCUCAUCCGCACCACCCCUCUUCCCAAUCAGGCAUUGGUCCUUGCCUCCGAUGUCUCCACUGGCUGGCCCGGCACUGGCCUGGCCACUAGGCUCCUCCAGUGUGGCCUUCCACUGUUGGUGUCUCAGGAGCUAGCCAUCACUGGCCCCUCUGAGCCACUCACUGUCUUAUCUGGGUUUGUCAUCAUCUACUUGUCACCUGCCAUUGUUCCAUGGCAGUGAUAUCCCAUCAUCAUCAGUCACUUGUCACAGCUGACUAUAUAGUGUGACACCUGGGCACAUGGAUCCUUGAACUGUUCUCUAAGAAUCCCUCUCUGUGCUCAGGUGAGUAGUGUACCUCCCUUUUAUUUGAUAGUCUCUAAGGAUCACCCUCUGUGCUCAGACUAAUGUGAGGUUGUUGUGUGUUGUGUUCUCUCUUCCUUUGGGCUGGCAGGAGCACCUAGCCCGCCCUAAUAUAGAAACCAAUAGGUCCACGUGAUCAGAUGGUGGUUUGCCAACCAAUUGGUACUGUUUUUGCCUCAUUCUCAUACCCUGCAAUAAUACCACCAAACAACUUCAAGCACUCUGUACAAGCACUCUCGGCAACAGAGGACAUUGAUAUGCCAGAUGCAUAUGAUAGCAAGGUUCCAGGCAACUGGGAGGAUGUAUAUGACGGGCCACUCUACCACAUGCUACCCCCUGGCAAAGAGGGCUCAUUGCAUAGCUAUGCUGGAAUGGAGGCCAUCUUGAACAUGGUCACCAAUGGCAUGCGACCUGACUGUGGCAACUCUCGCCUGCACAGCAAAAGGCUCACAUCUGCCUAUGAUGCCUACCUAGAAAUCAUGAGGAAAGUGGAUACACAAGUUGCAGAGGCACUAGGGAGGGACAAGGACUGGGAAAAGAUGAAUGUCUGCCCACUAUGCCUCUAUGUCCUAGAUGGGGAGCCAAAGCUCCAGUACUCAUUCUUUGCAAGUGUCAAUAGGAAUAAUUCUCUAAAGCUUGUUGACAGCAGUUUCCGUGCAGGAAAUCCAUGCUUCAAUGCAUGUGUUUUGACUUCUUGGCAAUGGCUUACAGCUGCACAAGUUGACGUCUUCAAGAAUGAAGUCAAGAAUUCUCAAGCUCGUAGUUCUAAGACAAAAGAGGAUACAGGUGCAACCUCUGUUGAUCUUCCACCAUCUGUUGAUCAAGAAUCCUUACCAACAGAAAAUCUGCCAACAGCGACAGAUUUUCCUGAUGAAGAUGUUGCAUGGCUCAAUAUCAACAAGCUCAACAAGACAGAUGUCCAUGAGCUCAAACAGAGUAUCAGUGUUUGCAUGGAAUGUUAG